AUGCCUGGAGAUGGACAACAUCAAAGCGCCUAUCGAUAUAGACAUACUCGUCAAGGAUUUCAUCAUGAUGCUUCUGAAAACAGUGUAGCGAAAACCACGCCUACAACAAAACAAUGUGAAGAUGAUGCUGCACUCAGUGAGAAUUUGCCAAGAAUUGAUACAACUCGCCUGGCAAAUGAUCCAUUUUUAGGCACAGUAGCUGGUCGAUUAGCUCAAGAAAUACACGACGAGUUUUUAGUUUGUAAAAUAUGCUUCGAUAGUUAUACAAAUCCAAAAUGUCUAGCCUGCUUGCAUACAUUCUGUGCUAAAUGCAUUGAAAAGCAUAUCUCUGCUGAAGUCACCUAUAAUAAGUACACAGAUUAUCGUGAUUUCACCUGUCCGUUGUGCCGUAAACGUACACAAUUACCACUGGGUGGAGUUAAACGUUUACCUGAUAAUUUUCUUAUCUCUGGAUUGACUGAUUUAGUUCUAAGACAAAGAGCUUCAUCGAAUGGUUCGUCAACAGCGACAAUCAUUGGUAGUCCAACUACACCUAGGAAUAAUACUUCUAUAGAUAAUCGACAGGUAUCUAGUAAUGUGAAUGAAAGUAUUGAUUCGUUGCAUCAAUUACCCAGUCUAGAAAGAAAACCAUUACGUUAUGGGGAAUGUGAGAUAUGCUCACAAGUAAGUCGUGGUGAUCGGGGUCAUUCAAGUGAACCGUUGAAUAAGAUUAAUUCAUCCGAAAUCAAUGGGAACAACAGCGCCACAACUAAUAAUACUACUAAUGGUUAUAAUAGUAGUAAUCAACAACAACGGGCUAGUUCAGCCAAUCUGAGUCAUUCACCUAAAGCAACUUCAAAAUGUCUAGAUUGUAAUAAACUGCUCUGUGAUGAAUGUGUUCAACGGCAUAGAAAUACAAAAGUUACUAAAGAUCAUUCAACAUUUGAAUUACAAUCACAUAGUGAAAUUGAGUGUAAAGAUCAUCCGGGUGAAACUGUUCGAUUCUAUUGUGAUGCAUGUUCACUGUGUAUAUGUGUAUUGUGCACGUUUAAUACACAUCGUGAACAUGAAGUAACAAGUUUUGGUGAAGCUGUUACAAAAUUACGCCAUGAAUUAUCAAGGAAUUUAGAUGUUACCUGUCAACGAAUUGGUAAAGUUCAAUCUCAAAUGCAUGAUAUACGUGAAGCGGCGGAUACAGUCAGUAGGAUAGAACAAAGAAUUCAUGAUACAGCUGAACAUUUUAUUGAAGAAAUUCAGCGACAUGAACAAGAAUUAAUCAAUGAAUUACAUCAAUUCAUCGGUGAACGUAAUAUGCGUCAAAUACAAAAUCAACCAGAUCAAGAACAUCAUAUUGAAAUUGCGGAGAAUUUAUUCAAAGAUAUUGCUAAUUCAUUAGACAAUCAGGAUAUGGAACUAUUGUUGGCUAGAACAACUUUAUAUCAAAAAAUUGCUGAAUUGAAUCAACUGAAUUUAAUCACUGAAAAAUUCAAUCCAAUCACAGCACAGAUCUAUUUUAGACCAGGUAGUGUUAAUUUAGGCUAUUUAACAAAUGAAAUGACUGUGAAGAAUAUGAAUACAGUGAAUCAUGAUGAUGAUGAUGAUGUGGUGGAUGAAGCCGGUGAUGGAGAUGACGAUGAUGAUGACGAUAACGACGACGAUGAUGAUGACGAAGAGAAUUAUGAAGAUUUAUCAAUGCCAUUAGAGUGUGCUUCAUCAUCAAGCAGUUCACCUGCAUCAUCACUAGAAUUAGCUAAUCGACCAUGUAUUAAUUCAACAGCUUGUCAAACUGAUAUUACACUCAGUGAUAUAAAUGAAUCCAAAGAUUCGUGUAUUUAUAAACUUCACCAUCAUGAACAACAAAAUGGCGAUCAAUCAGUCAGUAGUCAACCCGCCAUUAAACAAUAUCGUACACGUGCAUGUAAUACAGACACAAUCGCCACAGUUAAUCAAGAGACAAAUACACGUCCACGUGGGAUUCAUACAAUCAUCACAUAUUCGGAUAUAUCAUCAAAUACAACCUCUGAAGAAUAUCUUGCUAAAUUAGAUACAGAUAAAUUAAAUCUAAAUGAUAUGGAUAAUUUAACAAGAGCUAGAGUACGUCGUAAACUUCAUGAACGUUUUAAUACAUUUGAUCAAAUACCAAAUGGAAAUAGUUAUAAUAGUAAUAGUAGUACUAGUAAUAAUAAUAAUAAUAAUAAUAGUACUAGUAAUCGUAAUACUACUACUAAUGGUCAUUUAAGUACAAUAACAACAACAUCACAUACCAGUGGACUACAUUUUUCAUCCAACGGGCCAUCACCAGCUCGAUCAACACAUUCAUCAAAGACGACUACUGUUAACCCUCAUCGUAAUCAUAAUAGUCAACAUCUACAACAUCAUCCACAACAGCAGCAUGAUGCUCUACCAAGACGUUAUAGUUCUUAUGAUAAACGCUAUCAUUAUUAA